UUACAGCUGGUCUGAUGAUGAAGACGCUACGGUACCAAGAUGCACAAAUGGCAGGUUAUGGUUCAGCUUAAACUACAAGUCCGAAAGUGAGGAGCUCAACGUGAACAUCAUAAAGGCCAAAUAUCUACCAGGUCGUGGCCUCACAAACACUCCUCGAGAUCCAUUUGUCCGGGCCUACUUGUUGCCAGAUGAAGAUACUUUCCAGCAGAGCACCGUGAAGACGCGGACGUUGGCACCAAAAUUUAACGAAACCCUCACAUUCAAGAUUUCGGAGGGCGAAGUCCGCGCACGAUCACUGCGGUUGUCCGUCUACGACAUCGACCGCAAGAAAGUGCGCCACUGCUUGGGCCACGUCACGCUGCAAUUGGAGAAGGAACCGCUCGCUCCGGACAAAGUCAUCUGGAUGGACCUGGACAAUGUGCCCAAAAAAAGUUCCCAGAUUGGGGAGAUCCAGAUUUGCAUGACUUGCAACCCGUUCACCAACCGUAUCAGGGCGUCUAUACUCAAAGUGCGAAAAUUUUCAAAGCAGGAGGAUGCCAGCAAAUGGGUGUACGUGAAGCUGUCGCUGAAUCACGGCCGCAAGUGCGUCAAGGAGAAGCGGUCCGAGAACCGAGAGUGGAGCGAGGGUGAAGAAGCAAACUUCGGGGACGCGUUCACGUUCGGCGUGGCCGGUCGGUACUUCGACUCGUGCAGCCUCAGCUUCACGGUCAUGGUGUCGGCGGACGGCGCCGACUUUCGGCGGCUGGGCAAGACCGUACUCGGGCCGUUUAUGUACGCGCGCGGCGAGGAGCUUCGACACUGGCAGGACAUGUUGACCAACCCGCGGAGCGCCGUCACCCGGUGGCACGCGCUCGAGUGUCCCACGGGACGCGAUGAGUGGAAGAGCGACUGAGACGUCUCGAAUCGAGGCCCCGCUUCUUUACAGCCACACCAGGGGAGGCCUGCCGCCGAGUCGGAGGGCGACUCGCGCGAAAUGACAGAGAUCUCCUGUCGGCGACACGGGCGCCACCACGUUGCCCGAGUGUGUCCGGGGCUCCGAUUCGAAGCGAGCUCGUCGAUCUCGAAAAGGCCUCCAUUGCUGUCUGGCGUGAGCCAUUUCUUGAAUGCCCAAGCAAAAGCAUGCUGCACUCCCAGAAUAGUGCGAUGUUGAGAAACUAGCUUUAUUUUUAUUCUUUACUCUUUCUUUUUUUUUUCUCUGAACACCUGAACAAGUUUAAUCACUGUGGUCGACUGAGCAGAGAGAUAGGUAGGGCCACGAGGAUUACAGCUAAGGAAAGUCUGUUUUCGCAGAUUUCAGCAUAUUCAUUGUUAUCCGAGUGAGCUCAAUGAGCGCAAAGGAAAGGUGCCUGAGUAUAGAAGGCGAAUAAAAUUUGUUCAGUAUGUAAGUUUUGUUUAGCUGGUAAUUUGUAAAUACUUUCUUAAUCGGGAAAUAAACUGCUUUCCGGGCUUUGCCUGCACUACGUAAGUGCCAUUACACAAAA